ACCAGCCGAACAGCUUCCGACCUCUGUCUCACCACCACUUCUUGUGCAGGCUUGUGAUAGAAGCUUCCACGCCGCCGCACGGGUCUGGUUCCGAUCUUACAUCAUUGUGCCUCUGGGCCCUCACAGGUGGACUAACUUUAGCUGCACUUCACUUGUUCCCUUGCUCCUCCCAGCACCAUGACAAGAAUGAGCUUGUCGCUGCCGACCCGACUCCAAUGGCUUCUUGACCUCUGCUCAUUCUGCCCAUCCUCUUUCCAUCAACCACCAUCUUAGUGUCCUUGUUCACCCUCGUCUUUCACUCGUAUCCAUCACUCUAACGUUGCGCCCACUAACCACCAUGACCGGUCGACGCUCUUCUGCUCGCAUCGCGGCGCAACACCAGAGCUCCCAGAGCUCCCAGACCGCGUCUCCCCCGCACCCAAAGUCGUCGCCGGCUGGAAAGAAGCGCAAGAAUGAGACAGCGGGCUCGUCCCCAAGCGCGAAGCGAGGCAAAAAGGAUGCGCAGCUCGAGCAGAAGACUCUGGAUGAAACCCUGCAGCAGAAUGGAGCUCAUGAAGAGCCCGCCCCGGAGAAGGCCGACCAAGAAAUGACCGAGCCUGAGCCAGCUAAGCCCGAAGAGCCGCAGACGGACAAAGUCAACGGUGAGACAGCCGCGGCGAAAGAACAGGAUGAGCAACCCAAAGAGGUGGAAGCUACCGAAAAGCCAAAGGAGCCCGAGACCGAAGGUGCAAAACUUGAAGCCUCGGAGCCCAAGGAGGUAGAAUCCAAAGAGGCCGAGCCCAAGGAGGCCGAGCCCGAGGCGGCAGAGCCCAAGGAAGACACAAAGCCCGCCGAGACGAAUGGCGACGCUGUUGAGCCAGGUGCGCGUGAAGAUGACGUCCCCUCCACCAUCCUCGAAAAGGGAGUCAUAUACUUUUUCUUCCGCGCCCGAGUCAACGUGGACCACCCCGAGGACGUCAACGAUGUUGCGCGCUCCUACAUGGUCAUGCGACCCAUUCCUCUUGACGCGAAACUCGGGGAUGGGCCAAUUGGCGACGAUGGGAAUUGUCGGCUUCUAGCUCUACCCAAGAAGGUACUGCCAAAGAGUGGCAAGGACAAAUUCGUCACUUUUGUCGAAAAGCAUAAAACCAGCUUUGCGGAGCUCAAAGAAUCCUUCAUGGCCGGCUCAGAAUAUGAGACCAAGACUGCUGGCACAAGACACACCCCUCCAGUCACUCCACUGGCCGAGGGAGUCUAUGCAAUCACCUCUACAGGACGCGAAUCGCAUCUGGCCUACAUCGUCAACAUCCCUGCUGAGAUUGGUGAGAUGCAGAAGGAUUUUGGCCUCAAACAGCGUGGAAGUUUCGUGACCAGUGUCAAGAACCCUGAACAGCCUCCUCUGGGCAACCAGAAUGUGCCUAAGGGACCCGAAUAUCCCCAAGAAAUCAUUGAUGAGUUCCGGGGUCUCCGGUGGAAACCACUGGAGCCAAAGUACCUGAAUUUUGACAAUGCGCAAUUUCUGAUGAUCGGAGAGGACUAUGACAAGGCCACGGAACAGCGGCCCAAGGAUGAGCGAGAGAAUAAUGCUGCGCCUGAGGAGGAAAUGGAGAAGCUGGAUGGCGAAGAUGAGAUACGGAUCAAGCAUUUGAAAGGCGAUGAUACUGUCUUUACGGAUCUCGGGAUCACGUCCAAGGAAUUCCCCCAAGUGUCAACUACCUGGUAGUUGUCGCCUCGUGAGGGCAGUCUAAGAAGGUCGGGUGGUUGAUUUUUGUCUUUGUUAGGCUCAAUACCGCGCACUGUUCCGAUCGGGAGGUAAACGUGAAAAAGCACUCCAUAGCCAAGGCGGCACUUCAGUGUAUCCAUCUACAAAAGCCAUGGAGUAGAUAUCCUCCACAUCCAAUGCUUGGAAAGACCAGGCGAGAAAAUCAUUUGCAUCGUCUUUGAGAUCGUUGACUUGAUGAAUGCUACAGACCGAAAUGAAAU